CCCGCCCAGCGGCGCCCGCUUCCAAGAUGGCGGCAGCGUUACCUGCCAGGCUGUCCGGGUGGCGGUGACGACGGGAAGCUGGAGAGCAGCUCCCAGGUGGUCACGCUCCCUGCACCUGCGGAGCUAGCUCCCAGGCACGUGAAGAACGGAACGGAGCCUGUUUCCUACUCCGCCCUUGGCCCUCCUGAGGCCACUCCACAAUCCUGUCGUGACUGCCUCACCCCUGGGCGAAAAUAAUGUCUUCAUUAGCUGCCCUAUCCCUACUCCCCGAACAGCUGGACCCGGGAUCGCUGUCGGAGCGCCGGAUGGAGCCCUUCUCUGUCCUCUGUGACAUUUCCAAUUUUAGAUAAUGCCUCAUAUCUCUGCUCCGCCGGGACCCCCCGAAGGCCCCAUGAUCCCGAAGAAGACUGCUUGAACCUAGACCUCACCCCAGGAUGCUGCGGAGGCUGCUGGAGCGGCCCUGCACACUGGCCCUGCUUGUGGGCUCCCAGCUGGCUGUCAUGAUGUACCUGUCCCUGGGGGGCUUCCGAAGUCUCAGUGCCCUAUUUGGCCGCGAGCAGGGGCCGACAUUUGACUAUUCUCAUCCCCAUGAUGUCUACAGUAACCUCAGUCACCUACCUGGGGCCCCCGUUGCGCCAGGGGGCCCUCCAGCUCCUCAAGGUCUGCCCUACUGUCCAGAACGAUCGCCUCUCUUAGUGGGUCCCGUGUCCGUGUCCUUUAGCCCGGUGCCGUCGCUGGCAGAGAUUGUGGAGAGGAACCCCCGGGUGGAAGUGGGGGGCCGGUACCGGCCUGCAGGGUGUGAGCCCCGCUCCCGAACAGCCAUCAUCGUGCCCCACCGUGCCCGGGAGCACCACCUGCGCCUGCUGCUCUACCACCUGCACCCCUUCCUGCAGCGCCAGCAGCUUGCCUACGGCAUCUACGUCAUCCACCAGGCUGGCAACGGGACCUUUAACAGGGCCAAGCUGCUGAACGUUGGGGUGCGGGAGGCCCUGCGCGACGAGGAAUGGGAUUGCCUCUUCCUGCAUGAUGUGGACCUGCUGCCCGAGAAUGACCACAACCUGUACGUGUGUGACCCCCGGGGCCCCCGGCAUGUCGCUGUCGCCAUGAACAAGUUCGGAUACAGCCUCCCGUACCCCCAGUACUUUGGAGGAGUCUCGGCGCUCACCCCGGACCAGUACCUGAAGAUGAACGGCUUCCCCAAUGAGUACUGGGGCUGGGGCGGCGAGGAUGAUGACAUUGCUACCAGGGUUCGUCUGGCCGGGAUGAAGAUCUCGCGCCCCCCGACGUCCGUGGGGCACUAUAAGAUGGUGAAGCACCGAGGCGAUAAAGGCAAUGAGGAGAACCCCCACAGAUUUGACCUCCUGGUCCGUACCCAGAAUUCUUGGACGCAAGACGGGAUGAACUCACUGACCUACCGGUUGCUGGCUCGAGAGCUGGGCCCUCUCUAUACCAACAUCACAGCUGACAUUGGAACUGACCCUCGGGGUCCCCGGACGCCCUCUGGUCCCCGUUACCCACCUGGUUCCUCCCAGGCCUUCCGUCAGGAGAUGCUGCAGCGCCGGCCCCCAGCCAGGCCUGGGCCUCUGCCCACUGCCAACCACACAGCCCCCCAGGGCUCCCACUGACUCCUUCCCGCCCACCUCAAUCAUGAACCUGAAUCCGAGAGGUCGUGCUCUCCCCGCCCUCAGCUCCUCACUGCUCUCAGAGGGGAGGCGGGGGGACUGAACUCCAGCGCUGUGCUGGAGACCAGGGCUUCUCCUGACUGCUGGACUGGAGCUGGGCUCCUUUAGACCUGGGGGUCCCCUCUUUCUAGGGUCACCCGCCAGGGCUUAUGACUGUGAAUCCUUGAUGUCAUGAUUUUAUGUGAUGACUCCAGAGAGUCCCCGGCCCCUGGGGGUAAGAGCAGGGCUGGACCCCAAGUCCCUUCCUCUUCCAUGGAGAGAAGAGUGAUCCGGCUUUUCCUGGGACCUCUGUGAAUAUUUAUUCUAUUUAUGGUUCCGAGGAAGUAGGUUUGGUGAAAGAGCCUGUCCCUGGGGCCUUUCUGCCAGUGCUGGGGCAGCCUCCUCCCAUGGACCUGGCUCAGGGGGCUGGGAUUUUGAUAUAUUUUCUAAUAAAGGACUUUGUCUUGCCUCUG